CGCCUCGGCAUCCAGCAUCGCUCCACCAUCAACCCAUUCGGGUUGUGCACGCGCACGCAGGGUCGCCACGGGGUGGUGGGAGGCGGGGGCGGAGCCAGUGGGCUGCUGCAGCUGUCCAUGAUUGUGUGGCUGGCAGAGAGGGUCCGGAUCCGUGCGCGAUGCAGCUAUAGUCCCGCACCACUGUUCACCACUUAGAACCUGCUGGGAUCGUUCGCGUUGCAGCGCAUCACAGCCGACUGAAAGCCUGUGGACGUGAGACAUCAUGGCUGAGCAGCAGAGACAGCGCUCUCUGUCCACCGCUGGGGAGUCUCUCUACCUAGUGCUGGGCGUUGAGAAGGUGGCAACACCCGAUGAUAUUAAGAAAUCUUACAGGAAACUGGCGUUGAAGUUCCACCCGGACAAGAACCCCGACAACCCCGAGGCGGCCGAUAAGUUCAAGGAGAUAAACAACGCUCAUGCCAUCCUGAAUGACCCCACGAAGCGGAAUAUUUAUGACAAAUAUGGUUCUCUGGGACUGUACGUGGCUGAGCAGUUUGGCGAGGAGAAUGUCAACACUUACUUUGUCCUUUCAAGCUGGUGGGCGAAGGCGCUGUUUGUAUUCUGCGGCCUGGCCACCGGCUGCUACUUCUGUUGCUGCCUAUGUUGCUGCUGUAACUGCUGCUGUGGCAAAUGUAAACCCCGGCCUCGGGAGGGCCACGAUCAGGACUUUUAUGUGUCCCCCGAGGACCUGGAGGCUCAGCUGCAAUCGGAUGAGAGAGUAGAGGCUGGGGGUGACCCUAUAAUGCUGCAACCAUCCGCAACAGAGACCACCCAGUUAACAUCGGAUGGGCACCACUCCUACCACACCGACACCGGCUUCAACUAACCCCCCGUUCCCGUCCAUCCCGGCCUGCGGUUCUGCCUGCUUCCCUGCUCCACCUCAGUGAGAUGAAAGAAAGGGGAAAUCCACUUCAGAAAGAGAGCCAUGCGGCGGAGAGGGACUAGUAAGCAUGGUCUAUGAAAGGAACUAAUGAAGUCCCAUCCCUUAUUCCCCUCCCUGAUUGGUUCACAACUUAUUCCCCCCGCCCACAGUACGAGAAGAUAAGAGAAACAACUUAAGUUUCCGUUUAAUUUCUUCUUCUUUUUGUAUUUCUUGGCCUUUAACCGCACAGGUCACCUAUCCCCCCCCCGUUCCCUCUCCCACACUUUGCAUCAUGGUGUAGCAUGCACUGUUUAUGAAACCGGUUCUCCACAUUUUUCACAUGUUUUGCGACGUUUUUACUUUGCGAGACUCACAAUGUAGGUGCAAUAUGUUCAUGUUCUCACAGUUCACACGGCGGAGAAGUAGGAGGUGGAGGACAGGUACAGUUUAGGAGAUAUAGUAGAUAUAUAUAGGUGAGAGGAGCCAUGGCUCAGGGAGGUGAGAUGCAUUUGUUUUGCUGAGGGGAUCAGUGUCAUCAUUAAACCUUCAAGAACAGAGUUGUCAUGUAUUCGUGCAAUUUCCAUUUCUGAUUCAUAGUUAAUACCGUUUGAGUUAAAAAUGCCACCUGCCCCUGUCAGACCUACAGCACGUCUUUGGCGCUGUGUUUUUUUUUUUUUUUUGCAGUGUGCUCCCCUGCGAGUACAUGAAUCACAAGGUUGUUGAGGCACAGAGCUUUAUUUUUUCUUUCUUUUCUUUCAUAAAAGCCUGAUGACGUAAUAUUUUCUCCACUAGUUAUUAAUUGGUUUUGACUUUCUAUUCCUUUGCCUCAGCUUUAUUUCAGCUUGUCUUUGCAGGAUGGAGACUACCUUCCUGUUAUCUGCAGCACUGAAGAGGUCCUCAUGACUGAUUUCUGUUUUUUUAAGAUACAUUUUUUUAUGUCUGGUCAUAAUUUCUCGCAUUAUACAUCUGCUUAUGGCAGGUUUCAGCCCAGGUGGAUUAGUGUCACAUUUUUAUGUUGACUGUUUUCAGCCAAUCCUAACAAGAGUUUUUGUUUCAUUUUUUGUCGCUUUUUCGUCAAGUCAUCAGAUACAUCUCAUAGAUCAAAUCGGAUAAUUAAUAUUUAAGUGAUGUAGUUUUUCAUCGGUGGAGGAAAUGUUCUUUUUUUUAUCAUUGGUUGGUAAAGCAUCUACGUUAUUGUAAUAAUACUAUAACUUGCUGCUCUUUUUCUUUUUUGUUAGCCAAUGGCAAACGUCAUUCGUAACAGACAUCACACCUAAUCAAGACUGAAAUAUAUUUAUUUCAUCGAAUUAUUGCAGGUUUUUUUUGUUUACUUAUUGAUCUCUCGGUAUAUGAAGCUCCAGGCAAUCCAAGCGGUUGUGACGAGAGCUGUUAAUAGGAGAAGUAGCGGAUCUUUGUCAACGGCUGCCGGGGUUCGGAGAAUGACACGUUUUUAUCUCUGAGCUGUCUUUAAAUAUGUUAAGUAGUUAAUGUGGUGUGGAAAAAAACCAAACCUGUCACACUCUUCAUAGUUGGGCCGACUACAGAACAUUGGGGAUCUUUUAGGUAGUGAAGAGUAUGACUUUCAUCAUGUUUUUAGUCCUUGUGUUCUCAGGACAUUUUGUCCGAUGCUGUGAUCGUUUCUCAUUGUCGACCUUUUUGAAUCCGUGUAGAGUGAGAAGCUUGUCGGGCGUAUCCUCCGGGAGCUCAGUGCUACAGGCAGCUCCACGUAAAACGACUCUAGAUUUUUCAUACUACUGAAUUUGCAUAUAUUAGUGCCACACAUUUACAAAUGUCAUACAUACAUUGUCUUGAACCUCCUUGCCACUUUGUCCUUUUCAUAAAAGCUAAUAACGUGUUUCAAUGGUUUACAAUUGGUGAGCUCCUGUUGCCCACCCUCUGCUAUUAACGGUAUGGAUGUUGACCUCUGUGGCCCUUGUACGAUGUUUCCCGUAACCGUUGAUGAAACAUAGAUGUUCCUGUCAUGGCUUUUUAAUCAAGAUACUGAAAAACGCUACUGUUACUGUUCUAAGUUGAAUGCACUGUGUGUUUUAAAAAAGAAAAUACUAGAAUUGAUCAAUGAUCAGGAAACGCCUCCACAAAAAAGACAACAUAGUAUAUAGUGUAACUAUAGUGAAAUGGUUAUAUGAUGCAUUUUUGGAAUUUUAUUUAUUUCAUACUUGAUGAUGGCUAUUAUUUUAACUGGUAUGGUGUUGUAAUGUAACCAUUAAAUUUAGCAAGGAAUGGUUUAAUGGUUUAAUGGUUAAGGUCGCUUGUACAUACACUUGGCCCAUAUAAAGUAUAAACCUUAACGUUUAUGUUGUAGCAUGGUAAUUGUGUGUCUGGAAGAAAACAAGUGGAUCAUUGAUCUGAGUUGCUGUUGUUGAAUAAAUGUUGCUGAACAUUU